ACGCGUAUGGCCAUCGUUCUUCCGAUAAUACCUCAACAGCACCACCACACCACACGCCCCGCCUAUUUCAUCCACCCAUCUCACCUGCAUUCCAGAUGCUUCCACAUCCAAUAUCUCCCCUAAACCUUAAUCGAUCUUCGCCUCUCCGUCGGAGGAGAAAACACUAUAACAAUCGAUGACGGUUCUCACAUUCCAGGCCAUCAAUUACCCCUCCGCCGGCCACUGCUGCUUCCGGCGACGCAAAAACCUGCGAAACCGCACCGUUCGAUGUCGAAUCGCGGAGGCGUCGGGGAAGCCGGCUCCGAUGGGGCAGAAAACCAAGUAUAAGGACGGAUUGUUCGGGAAAGUGUUCAUGACUCUGUUCGCGAGGAAGAUGGAGCAGUUCGCCGGCGGCGAUAAGAAGCAAACGGAGGGAUGGCUGGAGUACGACUACGAGAAGUUUGUUCAGGUGUCGAAGAGAGUAAUGGAAGGACGGACGCGCGUGCAGCAGCAGCACGUGGUGCGUGAGGUUCUCCUCUCCAUGCUCCCUCCCGGCGCCCCUGCUCAAUUCAGGAAACUGUUUCCUCCCACAAAAUGGGCUGCCGAAUUCAAUGCGGCAAUAACAGUGCCAUUCUUCGAAUGGCUGGUGGGGCCCUCUGAGGUCAUAGAAGUUGAAGUAAAUGGGGUGAAGCAAAAAAGUGGAGUCCUUAUAAAGAAAUGCAGGUACUUGGAGAACACCGGCUGCGUGGGAAUGUGCAUAAACAUGUGCAAAAUCCCAACCCAAGAUUUCUUCACCAACGACUUCGGACUUCCCUUAACCAUGACUCCAAAUUUUGAAGACAUGAGCUGUGAGAUGGUGUAUGGACAAGCUCCACCUCCAUUCGAGGAUGAUCCCGCCUCCAAACAGCCUUGUCUUGCCGAUUUUUGCUCUGUGGCAAGUCCUAGGUCCAGUUUCUGUCCCAAACUUGAAGCAUAACAAAGUGAUGAACUGGUAAAUAUUUCAUAUAUAUGUCUGUAUGUUAAUAUAUUUAUCUGUAUCUAUAAUGGCAUGAUGUGUUCUUUCAAGUAUCACCAUACUUGUCCACAGUAAUUAUAUUUGAAUUCUAUAUAUAUUUACUUAAAAGA